AUGACUCUUACUAAUACUAAUAAUACACCAUCUCCAACCACAAUGAUAUCCAAUACAACAGCUGUGCAAGUCGCACUGCGGGUGAGACCUUUGACGCAACAAGACAGAUCUCAACCACGCUUUUCCAAUUCAACCGACUCAGAUGUGAUAAAGACAUACGAGAAUUCAGUUACCAUUGUACCGCACCAAAAGUCAUUUCAAUUCGACCAUGUGUUUGAUGUCAACAGCACACAAGAGCAAGUAUUCACAUCAGUAGCAUCCAACUUCGUUGAUAGAUUCAUUGACGGAUACAAUGUGACAAUACUAGCCUACGGACAAACAUCCUCUGGUAAAACCUACACAAUGGGAACAGCCAUUGACGAUCAUUCAAAUCCAGAUCAAGAAGGCAUUAUACCUCGCGCCAUGUCGGCCUUGUUCCAACGACUCAAUGACAUUCAAAAGCAAUCAGCAAACACAAACCUACCCAUACAGCAGCAGCAGCAGCAGCAGCAGCAACCACAAAAACGUGCUAUUCCAGCAUCAGGUCUCUCAACAUUCCCCCCUGCUUCGGGUUUACGAGUUCCAAGAAGGUCUGCUUCAACAGUAAAGUUGCGGCCUGUCUCCAUGAUUGCACCUCCUCGGCGUGGAUCAAGCUCAUCACUGAACUCAUCCUGCUCACUACCGCUCAAUGAAAAAUCAGCCAAAUACACUGUGCAUGUGUCAUUUAUCGAGAUCUACAAUGAAGAACUCAUCGAUUUAUUGAAUCCUGCUCCUCCUCAUGAGCGAACACCUGUCACCAUAAGAGAAGACACCAAAGGCCACAUUAUAUGGACUGGCUUAAAGGAGGUUCCUGUGGGAAGCACUGAAGAUGUUCUUAGAUUUCUUCAGAUGGGUACAGAGAACCGCGCAACGGGAUCUACAGAUAUGAACGCCAAAUCGUCCAGAUCGCAUGCUAUUUUCUCUGUGACACUAAAACAAGAAAAAUGGGUGCCAUCCACAAAAAAAACAUCGCCUUCUGUAUCACGCUCAACAGCUAGCAAUGUAAGCAGUGGCUUAAAUCACAGGCACAGCACACUCAAUGUUAAAGCCAUGGCUGCUCAAAUGGAGAAGAGAUCUACAUCGCCUACAUUGGCUGCUGCCGAUGAAGAGGACGGUGAAUGGAUGGUGUCAAACUCUAAAUUCCACUUUGUUGAUUUGGCUGGUUCUGAAAGACUGAAAAGAACAGCUGCUCAGGGUGACCGCCGCAAAGAAGGUAUCAACAUCAAUGCGGGUCUACUGGCCUUGGGAAAUGUCAUUUCUGCGUUAUCAGACCCUUCGUCUAAAAAGUCAACACAUGUGCCCUAUCGCGAUUCAAAGCUGACUCGUUUACUACAAGAUUCUCUGGGCGGUAACUCGACCACAUUGAUGAUUGCUUGUGUAAGCCCUGCAGAAAUCAAUUUGACAGAGACUAUCAAUACCAUCAAAUACGCUUAUCGCGCAAGAAACAUCAGGAACAAGACCGAGAAGAACGAGGCUGAAGAAUGGAUGACCAGCGACAACUUGGACCAUUUGCGUCAAAUCAUCUCCAAACUCAAGAUGGAAGUGAAGAUGCUCAAGAAUUCUUCUCCUCAUCAUAGAAACUCACCUUCGCCCAUGUCUUCCACUGGAAGCGGAUCACCCAAAGCCCACACAACUGUGUUCGCUCAUGGCCAUCAUGGGAUCAUUUCACCCUCUUCCUCAUCGAUAUCUGAUAGUGACCCUCACCCCUCGACAUGUCCCUCCAUGUCUGCCACCACCAACAUUACGAUGCCCGACAGCUCAACUUCCCUCGAAUUAUGCGAUGCACAAAACCACGGUAGCCAUAAUAACGACGUUGCUAUCAUGGUGGCUGACUUGCGCCGUCAAAUUGAAGAGCUCCAAAAUGAAGUUACUGUUACGCGUGAGCGUAAUUUACUGGUGGAGAAGGAGCUUCGUCAAAAAGCAAGCACUACCGAAGCUGCAGACAACGAAUUUCAGCACUUGGUGGAGCCUGUCAUUGAAGAAUACGAAAAGUCCAUUUCUGGUCUUGAAUCUCAAUUAGCGAUGGCAAGAGCUGCUCUUAGCCACUCUGAACAAGCAUUGGAAGAACAGCAAGCCAAGAUCACUGAAUAUGAAACCAUGCAGGCGACUGAAGUGCAAGCAUUGGAAGAACUCAAGGCCCGUCUCUCUGCUGCCAUCGACCGUGAACGCUCUUCAGAAACCUACUGUUUAGAAUUGGAGGCUCAGUUACAGAAGUCUGUGCAUGACGGACAUAAAGAUCAACAAAUACUCUCUGAAUUACGCGAAAAAAUCAUGAAGUUCAAAGAGAUGGACGAGCACACUGAACAGUACAUUAGUGAUUUGGAAGCAAGAAUCUCUGCCUCUGAAUUGGAAAAGACCAAAUUGACUGAAAAGAUUGCCAGUCUGUCUGUCGUGGGCGAUGUGUCUGCUCAGCACGACGAUUUAGCACAUUCGGAAGCCUCGUUUAACCAAGCACUGGAGAAGCAACUCGCUGAAUGCCAGACGAAAUGCCAGGAGUUGGAGCAGGAGUUGGCAUUGGUCAAGGAGCAGCAUGUACUAAAGGCUGAAUUUACAGAUCGAGCUAUACAAUCGAAAGACUACGUAGAUAAAGAAAAGGCGACCAAGAUUGCAGAGCUUGCUGCAUUGCUAACGGAAAAAGAAUCUCAGGUCCUCUCACUCGAAUCACGAUUAGAUGAAAUUAAUGCAAUGAAAUCAGAACUAGCUGCACUGCGUCAAUCUCACUUGGACGAGACAACUCGACUAGAAGACAAUCUCACCAACUUGAAGGCUGCUCACCAGACACAGCUAUUGGAAGAACAGCAGCGCAGCCAAGAACUGCAAGACACAUUGAAAUCGCUAACAGAAACGCAUGCGAGUGAGAUGAACCAGGCUAAAUCAGUUUAUGCUGAUCUCCAGCACGAGAUGCGUCAACAGGAGAUAGCAUCACAAUCUACAUUGCGCGAGCAUUUACAAGAGUUGGAAAAGUUCAAGUCUGAUAUCAACGCGCUGCAGCUAGUAGAAGAGAAGCAAGAUGCCAUCAUUCAAGGUUUGGAGGCCAAGUUGGAGGAAAUGGAUCGUCUUGUGUCUUCUCUGCAGACUCAAUUAGAAGAACGAAAUCAAACCAUUCAGCUGUUGGAAGCUGAUAAUGCAAGCAAGACGGAGGCUGCUGCUACUAUGCAAAGAAAACUGGAAAGCGUUCUCAAGGAUGUAUGUGGCAUGGGUUCUGAAAAGAAGCAACUGGAGCGAGUUAUGUCUUUUGUGGAGGGCACGUUGAGGCUUCAAGAUGCUAAAUCGGACAAAACAAUGGAGACUCUGGAAGAUAUCAAGCACCACUACAAAGUACGCGAAGAAGAGAUUGAAGAAAAAAGACGCACCGUCAACCUGCUGUCUGCUGAAAAGGAUGAGCUGUCUCAAUCAUUGGAGCGAAUCUCACAACGUGCUUCUCAAGGCGAUGCCAUGGUCAAGAAUCUCGAGUCUGAGCUGAGCGAAGCCCGUUUAUCGUUGUCUGAACAGGCUAAUCUGGUGUUGCAGCUGAAACAGGAACAAUCCCAAACAGAGUUCGAAUUGCAACGUGUGCAAGCACUAGAAGCUCGUGUUCAGGAACUAGAUAAAGAGAUUGAAUUGCAGCAACAAGCGAAAUCGGAAAAACAAAAGGAACUAGAGCAAUUGGAACAUGCUGUACAGAAGCAACUGGUGCAAAAUGAAGAACUCAUUCGUACUAUCGCUGAAUUGGAGGCUACGAUCAAGGAAGAACGUGCUUUGGCUUCCUUACAAGAUUCUACUGGUAUGGUGGCUGAACUGGAGAGCAAACUUACCGCUUUACAGCAAGCCAAGAAGCGUGAGGACGAUGUCUGGAAAGCUCAAAUGGAAAAAACCAAGGAAGAGCUCUUCAUUACUCGUAAAGAGAAUAUGGAAUACAAGCAGAAAAUUGAACAACUUCAAGCCUCAUUGGCCCAAGUCAAGAAGGAAAUUGCUACUGUGACACCGGUUAAUUCAAGCUUCGAAACCAUUACUGUCGAUGAGAGUGAAGACGAGCAGGAUCUCGAUUUGGACCAUGUUGAAUGCAUCUUGCAUUUAAAGAACGAGGCCUCGUCCUCAAGCAGCAAUCAACAAGACUUGCUCAAUAGGAUUAUGCAACUUCAAGAAGACAAUGCUCAGUUGUUGAAGCACAAUGACGACCUGGAAUCGCAGCUUGUAUUGCAACGCGGUCAAUUGACACUGGAAACCAAAAACCUGGAACUGGAAUUGAUGAAAUUGACGGCUGCUAAUGAUCGAUUGGAAAAGGAGAUGGAACAAGUAAUUCCUCGAAGCAGUGCUACCGGUCUCACUGCUCACAACAGAGAAUCAAUGCAGUUUACCUCUCCUCCUCAGACACCCAGAGUCUCAUCGCCCCCUCCUCCAACAGCAAGCAACAGCACUGGAAGCAUCAUCCAAUACAAGUUGCAGCGUGAUAUUUCUCAGUCAAGUAUUGCCAAACUAUCUAAAUCUGGCUCUUAUCGAUCUGUUUCUACCAUGUUGAUUGACGGCAACCACAAUGCUGCUGCAGAAGAAGAAGCUCUCAAGCGCAUGUCAUCCAUCUCUAUGAAAUCGGAUGUUGUUCCUCGUCCUUCAUCAUCACUUCGCAGUAGUCGUACUCUAAUCAACUCAAGCAACCUUCCACCACCUACUGCUCCGCCAUCCAAUCCUCUUCCUCCAAUUCCUACUCCAUUACCUGCGCUUCCUUCUGCACCUUCAUCACCUUUACUUUUAGGUGGCACCACUGGUGACUUAUCUGAUCAUGGCAGCGAUCCUGGAUCGCCAUCUAUGCAUCCCAUCACUGUGGGCGCAUCAAGCCAAUCUUCACUCCAUCGUCAAGACUCUACUGCAUCUACUAGCUUCAGUGAAAUCAUGAAUUCUACCUCUUCUGCAAACUUUACAUCUGAGCAAUACGACAAAUUGAUUCGCUCUCUACAACGUAAAGCUCAAUUUGCUGAAAAUGAUGUGCGAGCCCACCAAGAAGUCAUUAGCAAGUUGGAAUCACAGCUGUCUCGAUCAGAGUCUUCAGUCCGUGAGGUCAAGAAGCAAUUGGAUCUUUUGAGCAGAGAAAAGCAAGCAUACAAUCUUGAAAUCCAAAACUUGCGUACGCAGGUGACUCAAAUACAGACGCAACAAAAGACCUUGUCGGAUGAAUCUUCUGUUGAGCGUAAAGAGUUGGAAGAAAAGCUGGAGCAACAAAAACUACUCAAGGAAAAGGCAGAGAAGGCGAGAAGAAUUUUGGAGAACCGAAUGGAUGAGUUGAUGAAUAAGAAGAGUAAAUUCAUGUGCUUCUAA